AUGUAAAAAGCAUGUUUGACUUGUUCUUUACUAUCUAAUAAUUUCUUAUCAUGUGAUUCCAGUCUUCAUUUAUCAUUGAUAUGUGCUUAAUGUUAAUGUUUCCAAUCAUAUUACUUUAAUUCUUUGAAUAAAUAAUGUGAAUGUAAUAAUUUAUCGAUAUCUAGAAUGCAAUAUUACUUGCUUAGAAUGUUCCAAUAAUAAUGAAUGCACUUUAUGUAGAUGA